UGGUUGUCAAGAGGCGACGUCUUGGUUAAUGGAUGCUGUUCUUAUAGCAAUCGGUGCAUGAAACGGUCGAAUUAUGGCCAAAAUAAUGUCUCCAGUGGUGUGAAUUUAAAGCAGAAAAUAGACUCCUGCAAUCCUUGGUUAUAGGAGAUAGCUAUGCAGAGCGAUAGCGACUCCGAAGGGGAGUUUUUCGACGCUGCGGAGUCCCAAAAUAACAGCUUCGAUGUAGGAACUCUCGAAAAUACCAAGAAGGUUACAAUUCAAGGAAAAAAUAUUAACAUCAAAGAUGGACAACAUGACAAGAAUGAAACAAACAAAAAACAACAUUCGCCAGGAAAAUUAAAACCAUCAACUAGCAGUCAGGAACAGAGUACAAUACCAGGAGACUCAAAAUCUUUAGAUCCUAAAGAUGAAAAUGUUUUUGACUCAUCCUUGAAUAAUUAUGAAGACAGUUCUAAGAAAGAUGAACCACAAGAAAGGGUUCAAAAUGUACAAAAACCAAGAGUUCGUAAUUUAGAACUUAAUCUGGAGAAAAAUAUAAAUGAGACAAAACUUUUAGAAAUUAGUAGUGGUGCAACAUCGCUACCAUUAUUGUCACCCGUCAGUCAACUAAUAAAAGAAGUAGUUAAUGAUGAGAGUCUUGGAUCAGAUGUAGUCGAAAGUGGAAACAGAAAGGUUGCGGAAGUGGAAGCUCCAGCUCCUGUUGCACCGCCGAGAAGAAAAAGGAAAAAGAAACCAGAAGUGAAGUCUUUAUCAGAAGCUGCUGAUAAAGUUGAUGAUGAUACUAAGCACAAAGAAUCCACAACACCAGAAAAUCCAAGUUCCCCAGUCUCUACCCCAGACAGUCCAAAAUUGGACCACUUCUCAAGUGAUCCGCCCCUUCCGCCAUCCGAGAAGACUACUAGUGAUCUCACUACGGUUACUAACACUUUAGAAGAUGCAGAUGAGAAUGACCCAGCAAUAACCCUUGAUUAUAAAUCCCAAGAGAUGAAGAAAGUUUUAGAAAAAGCCAGCUCUACAGAAGUUAUUCAUGCUCUGACAUUAGACACUCGGCUCAAAUCUCACUCUGUGACGUCGCUAGGUAGUAGCUGUAAUAGGUCAGACAGCUUUGCAAGCGUUUCUAGUGUUAUAUCAAAUGGACAAAUGAAUAAUAUAUCAGGAUCUACGGCAUCUGUAGGUAGCACACAUUCAUAUCAGUAUUCAAGUGGUGACAAACGUGGUGGACUCGUGCGUGUGAGGUCGGCUUCAGGAAGGCCAUUAUCAGACGCUGAAAUUCUGGAACAAGUUAUAGUCAAAAAUCUUGAUACAGGGGAAAGAAUUCCUCUAAGUCUGGCAGAGGAUAGAUUACCUAAGGGAACCAACCCAUUGGCUCUACAUAUCAUGAGAUUGACUUCUGAAUUUUCAAGCAGUAACCCUAAGCUCAAUGCCAUUGAUCACGAAGAUGGUGUGGAUGUAAGCAGUAAAGUGAAAAAGAAAUCGAAAAAGCUUAAAAAGUUCCUGGGUAGAACUGUAAACAAGAUGAAAGCUGAUAAGAAAACAAAGGAAGCUCAUG